AUGACCAAAUGGUGCACAGUUGGUGAGAACUAUGAGACAAAGACUGUCGAUGUUGGAGAAGAUGUGACUUUAUUUUGUCCUCGCAAGACCUCUGAUGGAACGCAUUUACUUUGGUUCAGGCUUGUUUCUGGAGAUUUGCCUGAAUUUUUGGGAGGAACUCAUACCUUUGAUUAUGAUGAUGUUAAUAUAACGAGUAAAACUCCUUGCUGCACAGCAAAACAAGAGCCUGGAACAUUCAUCCUGAUUCUCAGUAAAACACAGCUCAGCCAUACUGGACUUUACUUUUGUGUUAAUCAAAAUCAACUUAAAGUUACACUUUUAAAGGGAGUGUUUCUGAGAGUUAAAGACCCAGGACCUGACAUCACCACAGUCAUUCAAGACAUUUCACCUGAUCCAGCCCGCCCAUGGGACUCAAAGACUCUGCAGUGUUCAGUCUUCAGCAACCCUGACAACAAAACCUGUCCAGGAAAACGAGCAUUCUGGUUCAGAGCAGGAUCAGAUGAAUCCCGUCCCAGCAUCAUUUACACUCAUGGAAAGAGAAGUGAUGGAUGUGAGGAGAGCUCUGAGGCUCCCUCUCUGCAGAAAUGUAUCUACAGCUUCUCUAAGACCUUCAGCUCCUCUGAUGUCGGGACGUAUUACUGUGCUGUGGCUGCAUGUGGGGAGAUAUUGUUUGGAAAUGGAACAAAGCUCAACACUGAAGGGAACAACAUGCUGAUGACGAACACACCUCUGUGUCUGCUCUCAGCUGCUUUGGCUAUCUGUCUGAUUGUUAUAGCCUUCCUGGUUUAUACCAUCAAGACAAAAUCUUCUUUUAACACUGCUGCUGAUCUGCACAGAAAUGCUGAAACAGCCAGCUCUGGUCAGCAAAGACAGCAGAGAGAUGAGAGCUUACUGGUUUAUGCUGCACCACCAUUUUCUAAGAAGAAGAAGAAGAAGAAGAAAAACAGCAACGGUGAGAGAAGACACGUGAAAAGAGCAGAGGAAGAGACGAUCUACAGCGGUGUCAGAACUGUUGUGACCAACUAACAAAGCAAAUAAUGGAGUUAAAGGAGUUAUAUGUGUGUGCGUGUGUGCGUACGUGCGUGCAUACGGUGUGUGUGUGCGUGCGUGUGUGUGUGUGUGCGUGUGAUUGUGUGUGUGUGUGUGUGUGUGCGUGUGUGUCCUAAUGCUAUAAUGUCUAGCUUUGUGACCAUCAGGUAUGGAUAACAUUGUAUUAUAUUAUAUGAUUUGUUUGCAGUAGUUGUAUUUUGUUCUGCUGUUCUUAAUGAUGUCUUACAGGAUUUUGCUUUGGAUAAACGCCCCCUUUUCUUUUUUUUUGGAGCCUUUAUUGAAAAAGUGUUAAACAACAUUUGCCUAA